AUGGCUCCUUCAACACUGACAAUCGACCCUCCUGGGUUGAUGGAUAGUCGUCCUACUUUCUCACAUGUGGCGACAUCCCUGGGUGACAAUGUUCGCUUCAUUUGCACUGCUGGACAAGUUGGAAGUGAUGCUCAGGGCAAUAUCCCCUCUGAUCGUACCGAGCAGAUCCAAUUGGCGCUUGCCAACCUCAGGCGCUGUAUCGAGGCUGCUGGAGCUACCGUUAAGGACAUUCAAAAGCUGGUAUACUACAUUGUUGACUAUGACCACACCCGGCGCGAUCACUUUCUCCCGCUCAAAGCCUUCCUGAAUGGUCACCGUCCCGCUACGUCACUUGUACCAGUUCCGAAGCUGUUCAAACCUGGAGUUAUCUUUGAGAUCGAGGCAUACCUGGCAGUACCGCAACGGAGUCCACAGAACGUCGAUGUCGUGGUGGUAGGUGCUGGCCUCAGCGGUCUCAGCGCCGCGCACCAGCUACAAGAGGCAGGCUUCUCUUGCGCUGUUCUUGAGGCGCGUAACAGAGUCGGGGGCAAAACCUGGUCAGUCGAUGCGACAGAUCAAGGCAAAUUCGUGGAUGUGGGGGCGGCUUGGAUCAAUGAUACCAACCAAUCCGAAGUCUUCGCUCUCACCAAGGCAUUGGGGCUCGAAACGGUCGUACAGAACACCACAGGACGCGUUGUGCAGCAAGACAUCGACGGCAAAGUCUCCACAUUCGUAUACGGAGACGUCCCCAAAGCUCUAUCGGAGCCGGGUGGCGCACAGAACAUGCUUGACAUCCGCAACCUAACAGAAGAGGUCUGUCAGAAGCUCGACGUUCAUCACCCGGUGCGGAUAGGCGAUGAUCUCGACAACAUGACUUUAGAAGGCUGGAUAGUUUCCAAUGGCGGCGGCAAGACUGCUCUCGCCUCAGCCACCGUCUGGACUCGAGCAAUGUUGGGCAUGGAGCCAAAGGACAUGAGUGCUCUGUUCUUCCUGAACUACUGCAAAAGCGGUGGUGGACUCAUGCAAAUGCGAUCAGAUCUGAAGAACGGUGGCCAAUACCUCCGCUUGGUCAAAGGCACCCAGAGCCUGUCGAUUGGCCUAGCAGAACAGCUCAAGCCAGGUUCCCUCUCUCUGGACGACCCGGUGCGCUACAUUGAGCAGAGCCCUUCUGGUUUGCACGUCUACUCCGCCAAGGGCAAACAUACCUGCAAAAGAGUCAUUGUCUCCUUGCCAACUCCUCUUUACAAGGACAUCGUGUUUAGUCCGGCAUUGCCGCAGGACAAGCUUGAACUCAGCCAAGCUAACAAGCUGGGAUUCAUCAACAAAGUUCUUGUUCGGUAUCCGUCGCCUUGGUGGAGAGAACCUGGGCUAACCGGCAUGCUCCAAUCAUUUACUGGGCCUGUCUCCGUCACGCGUGACAGCAGUGUCGAUCCAGUAGGGUCUUACUCUCUGACCUGCUUCGUUGCUGGAGACGCCGGCCGAGCAUUGUCAACACUCUCAAAAGCAGAACGUUUCAAGGUCGUCACCGAGCAGAUCAAAGCCACUUUGGGGGUCGCCGCAAAAGUCAACAUACCCGAGCCGACUGGGAUCGAGGAGCAUGAAUGGGCACACGAUCUGUGGGCUCAAGGAUGUCCGUGCCCCGCUGCACCUCCAGGAACCAUGACUAAAUACGAGCACGCUUUGCGGUCGAGUCACGGAAAGGUACACUUUGUGGGAACGGAGACAGCGUACGAAUGGAAAGGCUAUAUGGAAGGGGCGAUCAGGUCUGGAAAAAGAGGCGCUGACGAGGUGAUUCGAGCUUUGAAUUUGGCCAAACUGUAG